AUGAGUCCUCAAACUCCAAUCAAAGUCGGCAUUCUAGGCGCGACCGGAACUGUCGGUCAACGCUUCAUCUUGUUACUGUCCACACAUCCAUUCUUCAGGAUCCACGCACUUGGAGCUUCAUCACGCUCUGCUGGUCAAGCAUACGUCAAAGCAGUCAAAUGGAAACAGGCAUCACCUAUUCCCGAGGCAGUGCGGGAAAUGGUGGUUCAGGAAUGUAAACCGGGUGGUGUCUUCAAGGACUGCGGAGUUGUAUUUUCGGGGCUCGACGCAGACGUUGCAGGAGACAUUGAACUUGCGUUCAGAGCAGCCGAAUUAGCUAUAUUUUCCAACUCGAAGAAUCACCGUCGAGAUCCUGUGGUACCCCUCAUCGUCCCCCUCGUUAACCCAUCCCACCUUUCUAUUGUUCCUUACCAACGAUCCCUUCAAUCUCCACCGCUUAAAAAGGGCUUCAUCGUCACAAAUGCCAAUUGUUCGACGACUGGUCUCGUCAUCCCACUCGCCGCCCUAGAGUCGGCCUUUGGACCUAUCGAAAUCGUACAGGUCACCACGCUUCAGGCUAUCUCCGGUGCCGGAUACCCAGGUGUUCCCUCGCUUGACAUUCUCGAUAAUGUAGUUCCUUAUAUUGGCGGUGAAGAGGAAAAGAUGGAAUGGGAGGCCGGGAAAAUCCUCGGCGGACUGGCUGACGAGGGAAAAGCAUUCGAGCAUCACGCGACGCACCCCAUUACUGUUUCAGCAACAUGCUUCCGUGUUCCAGUUCUGGAUGGUCACUCGGAGUCGGUAUCCGUUCGGUUCCACCGCCGUCCACCGCCUUCUCCGGAGGACGUAAUCGCCGCACUCCGCGCGUACGUUAGUGAGCCCCAGACACUUGGAUGCCCCUCUGCUCCUCGACAGGCUAUCUUUGUUCACGACGAGCCGGAUCGACCGCAGCCUCGUCUGGACCGUGACUUCCAACGUGGAGCAGGUGUCAAUGUUGGCCGGAUACGAAAAUGCCCGGUGCUGGAUAUCAAGUUUGUUGUUCUCGCGAAUAAUGUUUGUAUAGGUGCUGCGACGAGCAGUAUCAUCAAUGCCGAGUAUGCCGUAGCAACGGGCGUGAUUGGCGUAUAG